AAGUUUCUCGUCCCUUCCCCGAACCCUGCCGCGAUUUCCAUUAAUAGCCAACUGAGCCUCCGGGCUAAAAAUAACCCCCCAGCCCUCUUCAUAAGCAGCCACCGCGUGUGUGUCCCCCCCCAAGAGCCCCAUCGCAGCCAUGGCCGAGCGCCGCGUCCCCUUCACCUUCCUGCGCAGCCCCAGCUGGGAUCCCUUCCGCGACUGGUACCACGGCAGCCGCCUCUUCGACCAGUCCUUCGGGAUGCCCCAUAUCCCCGAGGACUGGUACAAGUGGCCGAGCGGCAGCGCCUGGCCGGGCUACGUCCGUCUGCUGCCCCGGGAGAGCGCGCUGGUGCCCAGCCCCGGCUCACCCUACGGGCAGGCGCUGAGCCGGCAGCUCAGCAGCGGCGUCUCCGAGAUCAGGCACACGGCUGACAGCUGGAAGGUCACGCUGGAUGUCAACCACUUCGCACCCGAGGAGCUGGUGGUGAAAACGAAGGAUAAUAUCGUGGAGAUAACCGGCAAACACGAGGAGAAGCAGGACGAGCACGGCUUCAUCUCCAGGUGCUUCACCAGGAAAUACACCCUCCCCCCCGGCGUCGAAGCCACGGCCGUGCGCUCCUCGCUGUCCCCCGACGGGAUGCUGACGGUGGAGGCUCCGCUGCCCAAACCAGCCAUCCAGUCAGCCGAAAUCACCAUCCCCGUCACCGUGGAGAGCCAAAGCAAGGAGCCGGCGAAGAAGUAGGCGGCAGGGAGGAGGAGGAGGAGGAGGAGGA